AAUUCAUUACAGGGUUGGGUUGCCUCUUCUCUGGACAUUAUCAGCGCAGCAGACAAACUUUACCAGCUGCCUAGGAGCAAGAGGGCCCCAAUGUAUGAGAGAAGUUUGAGUAAAAUAUAGUGUAUAAUCUUUUUUUGACCAUUAUCAUUGCUUUACUCGUGGAGGAAAAUAUAGGGUACAUUUGAGACCAUAACAAGUGAGAAGUCCAUACAGGGCGUCAAAGGUUUGCCCCUGCGUGCAACACAGGAAUAAUGGACAUCACGACCACUGCAGAUGCAGCCACUGCCAAACCUGAACCCACUGCUAUGGAGGAGUCAGAUCUGCAAGAGGCGCAAGAGCCCCGCACAUCGGAGAAGAUUGACUUGUCACUAGAUGACAUCAUCAAACUGAACAAAAAAGAGAACAAGGCAAAUAAGGCUGCCAACAAGGCUCGGGACCGACGUACCACAAACAAAAACACUGUCCUCAAGAAACUGGACAGGGCAGGACAACAGCAGAUAUUUCCUUUCAGGCGUGGCCCUUAUCAAUUCCAGCAAGGACCCUACAAAUCGCGUUACAUGGGACCCCCCAUUCCUGGCUAUUACAGAGUAAAACCAUAUCUCAGAAAGACUCCUUUUGGAGCACAUCACCUCAAAGGUGUGAGCCCUUUAAAAAGACCUUCUUUGAACACAAAGGAAGGAGCACAGUUUGGAAAACGUAAACCGUUGUUCAAGGGUGCCUUUUAUCAACCAUACAGAGGUCCCCCAGGGGCUUUGAGAAGGCCUCCUCCCCAAUUCAGAGGGCAAAAGAAGCCACCAUUCCAGCCCAAACAGAGACAGGGCGGUGGGAAGCCAUUCAUCCUAAACAGAGGGUUUCCCGCAGCAAAUGGAAAAAUGGAUAAGUACCAAAAGGUUAGAAGCUGGAAAAAGGCGCCCUCCGGUGUUUCUACCUUGACGGUGUCACUGCCCAACUCCAAAGCCAACUCAGAGCCCGCGGCCAAGGCUAAACAGGCCACAGUGAUGGACCGAUCCAGUCCAUCAGGGGCGUCCCCCCAGCCCAAAGGCAUCCCUCUCAGAUUUAACUUCAAGGCCACUAUAAAUCAGACGGGAGUGACCCUCAAUGACCGCUUCACUGGUAUGAGGAUCUGGGCAGGCCCAGGACAGGGUCCACAGAGGGGCAGUGGCAGGGGAAGAGGCAGAGGCCGAGAAGGCCGUACUGUCAUCCUACAGUGAUCAUUGUUGAGGACCUGUGCUGUCUGUAGCCUAUAUAAAAAACCAUCUCAUUAAUCCCCCUCUUAACCCUUCCAAUAUGCUCACAUUUUGAAGACACUUUAUAUUGAUGUUUAUUUUAGUAUGUAUGGCACACAUUUAGUUACUUCUUGUUUACAAAAUGUUUGGACCUCGGAAAAAGUCUAGACAUUCAAGUAAUUAAAUGACAAGUGAUAAAGAGCUGAAGUGACAGGCUACACAGAUUUAUAUGCAACACAUUUAUUUUGGGAACUAUCAUGUGAAGUUAGGACAUCUCAGCCUGUUACCCAAAGUAUUUUUAGCUCUUGUUAAUGGGGUUGGCAUGUACAGUGCCUUCGGAAAGUAUUCAGACCCCUUGACUUUUUCCACAUUUUGUUAGGUUACACAGCCUUAUUCUAAGAUGGAUAACAAACAAAAAAAUCCUCAUUGAUCUACACAUAAUACCCCAUAAUGACAAAGGAAAAAAAAAUUGGGGGAAUUGUUUGCUUAUUUAUUAAAAUUUAAAAAUGGAAAUUUCACAUUGACAUAAGUAUUCCGAACUUUUACUCAGUACUUUGUUGAAGCACAUUUGGCAGCGAUUACAGUCUCGAGUCUUCUUUGGUAUGACACUACAAGCUUGGCACACCUGUAUUUGGUGAGUUUAUCACCAUUCUUCUCUGCAGAUCCUCUCAAGCUCUGUCAGGUUGGAUGGGGUAUGUUGCUGCACAGCUAUUUUCAGGUCUCUCCAGAGAUGUAGCCACACCUGCAUUGUCUUGGCUGUGUGCCAAGGGUCGUUGUCCUGUUGGAAGGUCAACCUUCACCCCCCUCUGAGGUCCUGAGCACUCUGUAGCGGGUUUUCAUCAAGGAUCUCUUUGUACUUUGCUCCGUUGAUCUUUUCCUCUCCUGACUAGUCUCCCAGUCCCUGCUGCUGAAAAUCCUCUCCACAGCAUGAUGCUGCCACCACCAUGCUUCACCGUAGGGGUGGUGCCAGGUUUCCUUCAGAUGUGACACUUGGCAUUCAGGUCAAAAAGUUCAAUCUUGGUUUCAUCAGACCAGAGAAUCUUGUUUCUCAUGGUCUGAGAGUCUUUAGGUGCCUUUUGGCAAACUCCAAGCGGGCUGUCGUGUGCCUUUUACUGAGGAGUGGCUUCUGUCUGGCAACUACUAUAAAGGCCUGAUUGGUGGAGUGCUGCAGAGAUGGUUGUCCUUCUGGAUGGUUCUCCCAUCUCCUAUGAGGAACUCUAGAGCUCUGUCAGAGUGACCAUCGGGUCUUGGUUACCUCCCUGACCAAGUCGUUUCUCCCCCGAUUGCUCAGUUUGUCCGGGCAGCCAGGUCUAGGAAGAGUCUUGGUGGUUCCAAACUUCUUCCAUUUAAGAAUGAUGGAGGCCACUGUGUUCGUGUGGAUCUUCAAUGCUGCAGACAUUUUUUGGUACCCUGUGACUCGACACAAUCCUGUCUCUGAGCUCUACGGACAAUUCCUUCGACCUCAUGGCUUGGUUUUUGCUCUGACAUACACUGUCAACUGUGGGACCUUAUAUAGACAGGUGUGUGCCUUUCCAAAUCAUGUUCAAUCCAUCAAUUGAAUUUACCACAGGUGAACUCCAAUCAACUUGCAGAAACAUCUCAAGGAUGAUAAAUCAGGAUGCACCUCAUCUAAAUUUCGAGUCUCAUAGCAAAGGGUCUGAAUACUUAUGUAAAUAAGUUUUUAUUUUUUUAUUUUAUACAUUUGCAAAAAUAUCUAAAAACCUGUUUUCGCUUUGUCCUUAUGGGCUAUUGUGUGUAGAUUGCUGAGGAAUUGUUUUUAUUUAAUCCAUUUUAGAAUAAGGAUGUAAUGUAACAAAAUGAGGAAAAAGUCAAGGGGUCUGAAUACUUUCUGAAAGCACUGUAUAUGGAGGCCAUUUUACAUUAUGUUUACAGCAGCGCCUCUGGAAAUGUGCUGAUAAAAUGUCAAACAUUAAUUUUAAUGAGACUAUGCAGUUGUAUGAAAUCAUGAGCAACUUGUGUAUUUCGAUUUGCUUGAUUACUUAUGGUCCUUCAGUUACUCACAUUAAUUGUAAAUUAACUACGAAAUAUAGCAACUUAUUUAAAAACGUAAUAUUAAUGUUUCAUUUAUUUGGUAAUCAACACAUUUUCUAUCCAUGUGGCCUACUUGCACUUACAUGUGUAUUGAGUAAAGAUCACACAUCCCAAAUGUUUUUGGGUUUACAAUAGAUUUAAUUAAAUGUAAUAGAUUUUAUUGCUAAAUAACUUUGCAUGCAUGUUAUGAUAUUAUGAUUUUAUUAUAGCCCACUGAAAGAGCCGACAACUCAGGUGUGGGUGGGGGGUCAACUAGAUAGUACAGCCACAAAGUGGCACGGGCUAUAUAGUAAACAUUUAUGAAAACAUACAUG